GCGAACAAGUCCUACAAACAAACCAAAGAUAUUGAAAAAAAGUCACUUUGGAGAUAGAACAGAAUAUAAAAAAGAUUCUUUAAAUGAUCUUUUAUCAAAACAAGAUUCUAACAAGUCUUAGAAAUCUCAAAACGAAGAACAAGUAAGAAGCUUGUAGCCAUGGGUGGUGAUACUUUCAAAGAUGAUGUUGUAGAUGAAGAAUCUUCAAGAUCAUCAUCAUCAUCUCCUUGUUCUUGUUGUUUCAGUGAUGAUUUAGGGUUUAAGGAUGAUGUUUCUGAAGAGAAUUUCACCAAUUUCUCUAAUCAUGUUACUGAUUUGAGAAGGAGAGAAAAAGCUUACCAAGAGAUUCUUCAAAGUCAUGAUCUUUUGCUUAGAACCAGCAAACGGAAACUUAGACAAGCCAGAAAUGAGAUUUUGAGCUAUACUCCUGGAUCAUGGUCUGAUGUCAAGUUGAGUGAUUACAAUAUUCCAAAAACGACAUCGAUCAUGCUAGUUGGUCCGAAAGGGGCUGGGAAGAGUAGCCUUGUUAAUAAGAUUACAAGAGUGAUCGAAGACGACGCGUUUCUCCUAGAUAGAGCUCAAGAAUCAUUUGGUACCCCGUCUAAAGGAGGAACAUACUUUGUUCAGGAGUAUAUGAUCUCGAGAGGAGGUUCCGCUUCAUUUUGCCUAUAUGAUACGCGUGGAUUGAGCCGUAUAUCAUCGUCUGAUAACACUAGUAUGAUUGAGCAAUGGAUGACAAGGGGCGUGCUUCACGGCGAACCUGUCAUCUGGGCAUCUGAUAGCUCGGAUUUAAAGGAUAGACUCAUCCGAGAUGGUGGUACCGGUUAUGAGAGAAGGAAAGUGAAUUCGAUUAUCUUUGUUGUUAAUGCGGUCGAAAUCUUGAAAUCGAUGGAAUGUGAAACGAGCUAUGCUUCGAUGAUAACCACGGCCUUUAACUCUCCGAUACUAUUGUUUAAAGAUGAUAAGCCAGCAGUCGUUAUGACUCAUGGAGAUAUGCUUUCACGCGAGGAACGUGCCCGAGUACGAGUUUUCCUUGGAGAACUUCUCGGUAUCCCUCCUCACAAACAGAUAUUUGACAUUCCAGAAAGCCGGGACACAGCCACCGCGAUAACAAUCUGCAACUUGCUAUGCUAUAGUCUUCAACAUGCUGAUAAGAAUUUUGUGUUUCUUCCCAAAAAGAACUUCACUAUAUCCAAGGUGGGAGGAGGAGGCCUCACAAAAUGGAUCAGCUUAUUAGACAUAAUAUCAAUUGCUCUGGUUUUAUUCAUGGCAUUGGCGUCAAUCUGGUUUGUUACUCAUAAUCCCGUAAGCGGCCAAAAAUUAGCUAAUGAGACUCAGCAAAAACUGCUUAAAUUCCCAAGUCCAUGGUUAAAUAACCUCACACAUAAGGCAAAGCCGAUGCGUCGCUUUGGGCCUAAGCGGAUCAUUAAAGGUCCAAACCUUGCAUGCGUUCAACAUCCUAAGUCUGAGUUUGUGCCUGAAAGUGAGCCAAUAAGCAUUGAUUUGCAUAUAGCUCGACGCUUAUGGUUCAACGAAGAGCAAGUGGCCGAGGCCGAACCAAGCUUUGAUUGGCGAACUACUCGACGCUUGUGGUAUGUUGAGUGAAAUGUAUGUGAGCGUCAGCAUCUUUAAUUAUAAGCUUAAAUAAGUUUGAUAGUGUUUAAACUAGUAAUAUAAAACAAGGUGUUUCUUAAAAAAUCUGUUAGGUCAUGGUGUUUUUUUUUGUUUUAAUUAAAUUGUAUAAAUUGCAUAUAGUAACAAAGAGUGGUUGUUCUUUUAACAAGCCUUAGACAAAAAAUUAAGAGCCCAAUAACGAAAGUUGAAC